UUCCACCUCACUCGAUCCGCUCCCUCUCUCGACCAACUGCUUCCCCUCUCUCUGCGGAUCAACCGGAGUAUCUGCAGUGGAGCCAUCAUCCAUCGAGACUUGGAACAAGACUUAGGCUAGCGACUUUACAUUUAAAGUCCGCCUAAUCGGCUUUCAUAAACGUUUCACAUCGACUCCAAUACCUCGACGUGUUUGCCUCGGCGCUUUUUUCUCUGCAAGUGAAGACUACGCGACCAACAGAAUGGGAAAUGAAGCCAGCUACCCUCUGGAGAUGUGUUCGCACUUUGAUGCUGAUGAGAUUAAGAGACUAGGGAAGAGGUUUAAGAAACUCGACCUGGAUAACUCGGGCUCGUUGAGCGUGGAGGAGUUCAUGUCCCUGCCCGAACUACAACAGAACCCCCUUGUCCAGCGUGUCAUAGACAUAUUCGACACCGACGGCAACGGAGAAGUCGACUUUAAAGAAUUCAUUGAGGGAGUCUCUCAGUUUAGUGUGAAAGGAGACAAGGAACAGAAACUACGCUUCGCCUUCCGGAUCUACGACAUGGACAAGGACGGCUACAUAUCCAACGGCGAGCUCUUCCAGGUGCUGAAAAUGAUGGUGGGCAACAACCUGAAGGACACGCAGCUGCAGCAGAUCGUCGACAAGACAAUCAUCAACGCCGACAAGGAUGGGGACGGCAGGAUAUCCUUCGAGGAGUUCUGUGCGGUGGUGGGCGGACUAGACAUUCACAAAAAGAUGGUGGUUGACGUGUGAUCUUCAAUCCUCUGCCACUGUCGCUCUCUUUCUCUCGCUCUCUCUCUCGCUCUCUCUCUCUCUCUCUCUC